AGUGGUUUGUACGGCGGCGUGGGAGGGGAAUGGAGCCUGAGCUGCAGUAGUGGGUUCAGGAGCACUCAGCGCCGUAGCUGCGGAGCAGAGCACAAGGGAGGUGGCGGCGAGAUGUCUAAAGUCUCCUAUGUGCAAAUGACCUUUAUGGUGCUGUUUUCAUUCCUGUUGACCCUGGGCUUGGGUUUGUGGCUCCCCGAGGUUCUCUGCGCUUUCGUUCAACUGUUUGGUUUGAAGGAAGACAUGGUGACUCACAGUAUCGUGCUGAUAUACCUGGUUUUUGUGUUGUAUUUAGCGGUGCCCUCUCUACCGCGGGGCACGGUGAAGGUUAAGGAUAAAGCCGUCUUGAUUACAGGAUGUGAUAAAGGAAUUGGGUUUGCUUUGGCAAAGCAUCUACACACCAAAGGCUUUACUGUCUUUGCCGGUUGCCUCUUAAAGGAUAAGAACGGAGAAGGUGCUCAGACACUUGAGAAGAUGAAAUGUGAACGUAUGAAAGUUCUUCAAAUGAACGUAUGCACAGAUGAGGAGGUGCGACAGGCCAUGGAUUUUGUAAAGAGCCAGUUGAAGGAACCUGAGAAGGGUCUCUGGGGCGUGGUAAACAAUGCUGGUAUUUCAACCUUUGGAGAUGUGGAAUUCACAACAAUGGCAAGUUAUAAGGAGGUUGCAGAUGUUAACUUGUGGGGAACAGUCCGAGUGACUAAGGCCUUCCUCCCCCUAAUCCGGAGAGCAAGAGGUCGUGUUGUGAACAUUUCCAGUAUGUUUGGCCGCAUGAGCACAGCAAGUCACUCUGCUUACUGCAUUUCGAAUUAUGGAGUGGAGGCAUUUUCAGAUUGUCUGCGUUAUGAGCAAAAGCGCUGGGGUGUUAAAGUCAGCAUUAUUGAGCUGGGAAACUAUAUAGCUGCCACAGGAUUCCUUACUCGUGAUCAUGUUGAAAGCAUUGCUGAUAAAAUGUGGAGCGAAGCUGCUGAAAUUGUACAGGAAGAUUACGGGAAGUCUUAUUUUGAUCGACAGACAUUGACAAUGAAAUCUUUCUGCAGCAGCAGUUCAAAAGACAUGUCUCUUAUGAUUGAUGCCAUCACUGAUGCACUAACCUCCAGAUAUCCGUACAGCCGCUAUGAACCAAUGGAUGUCUAUUGGUGGCUUAGAUUGCACAUUUUGGCUUACUUACCUACUCCUAUAGCUGAUUGGUUGUACAAAAAUUAAACAGCUUGCCAGUGCAUUACCAGAAUGAUCUUGUGCCAUUUCCAUCAUGCUUCCCACUCCUUUCUUCAUUACCAUUGUCACCAAGAACUAAUUUAACUCAAGGACACAAUGAAACUGUGCAAAGUUAAUCACAAUUCUACUUUAUAGGUUUUAUAUGUACUUACUCUAAUGUAAUUAUUUUUCAUUUGAACACAGUGUAUGUUUGUCAUGGAGUAACAGGUACUGAAGAAGUGCUGUAACACUUUAUUUUUUUAAUGUAUAUAUGUGUAAUUCUAUUCAGAAAGUGGAAACAUUGUAUUAUUCAGUAUUUUUGUGUGCAAGAUACAAUUUGUUAAAUAAAAACAUU